AUGCGGCGCAUCAAUCUCCGGCGCGCCGCCGUGGUUCUCGGUCUCUUCUCUCCGAUAUCAGCUAUACUCGUCGCGCCCGAUUCCGACUGCGCCAUCAGCUGUGGAAACGUCCUCGACGCGACUACGCCGCCCGAUAUCGCAUGUGGAGAUAAUAAAUUCGGCAGCGGGGUGGGCCAGACCUUCAAGGCAUGCGUGGAGUGCGAGCUAAAGAGCACUUAUGUCGAUCCGACGGGCCUAUCCGAUUUGACUGCUGCGAUCUAUAACCUGCGCUAUGCGGCCGACUAUUGCAUCUUCAACGACUCGAAGAUCGCGACCACGCCAUGCAUCACCACCUCCGCCUGCGAACCUUUCCUCGACUCCCUAACUUACCAUAACAACAUCGCUCCAUCCGGCGCAACCGACUACGGUUACUGCAAUCAAUGGGAUGACUCAGACAUAUUGAGAUGCCAGAACUGUGUCGCAGCUCUGGAAGAAGAGGAAUACCUCGUUAACUUCAUGACCAUCCUCAGCGCAAGCUGCCAGCAGAAACCUGGAAAGGGAGCCCUCAUCGGCGUAGAAGGCGACCCCUUCUCUGGCUCGCGCGUGUCAAUCACCAAGCCCUACUCCUCCGCCGACAUAAUUGCAUCCUCGUUCAACCCGCCCUCCGGCCCCCUCGAUCUAGGCGCCAAAAUCGGCAUAGCCGUCGGCGGCUUCCUCCUCAUCCUCAUCGUCCUCGGGACCUGCAUAGUCUGGCGCGGCCGCCGACGCCGUCGCGCCAUACUCGCCAACUACGCUGGAUCUCCCGCCAUGGCACAGGCGCCGCGCUGGAAGGGCACGGACGACAGCCCUCAGAGCAUGAGCAGCGGCGCCUUCAUGACCAAGGCGUCAAAUUACCAGUGGCCCGCACAGUCCACUGAUGACAGCCCUGCAAGCGCGGUCAGUAAAGGAACCGGAGGAGCAGGAGGGGCCGGUUUUAGUCCGUACGUGAGCCAGCAUACGAGCCCGAGUGGCCCAGCCCCCGGAGAGUUCCCUCACGUCCCCAUACCAGCUCCAUAUAGGAGAGAGAGCAUUGGAAGUUUGCGCCCGCAAGGAGAGUUAAUCGAGAUGAGUCCACUUGGGGAGAGUGAAAGGGAGAGGUGGGAGAGAGAAGCAGGGGCUGUAGGAUUUGUGCCUGCCCCUGCGCCGACUAGAGGAUGAUGGAGCAAGGGCGGUGAGAUUCGUGCCUGGCCCUGAGCCAACUAGAGGAUAAUGGAACGAAGGGGGUGGCAAUGUUUGUGACUGCCGGAAUCAGGGACGGGCGGUGGCAUGGAUAGGGUCUCGGCGUAAAUGUUUGCUGUCAGCUCCGCCCUUGGUAGAUAGCCGAUGUGACUGUGGCGAGCCUCGCGCUAUCGAUGCCACACUAAAUAUUAAACCACUACCACUCCCUUGCUUCCCCGCCGUCCAAUCCCAUCUGCAUUCCAUGUCUCGCGCCAGCGCCCCCUCGCAGCCGCGCACGCUUAUCAAUGCCGCGCUGCACUCGGGCUUACGUCUUAUCACAGGCGCCGCCCCCGCGCGAGUCACUCUACACGAUGCACGCCCCGAUGGGGUAGGUGGCUGCGUGCGCAAGUCUUGCCUCAUCUGUCUUAAGUAGACUCGUAAGAGGGGUCACGCUGGCCGGGUAGCUAACGGCUGAGACCGCCACCAACAUGUUGGUUUUCUCGGGGUGGGGCACAAGAAGGGCAAUGAGG